AUCGUUUUUUCUCUUCUCAGAAACGGAUCCAGUCGCUUCUUCACCGACAGAGACCCGGAGCGCGGUUGUUUUUACGUCAUCACCGUGACCCGGGGGGCGGCGGGAGGUUGUGAUUGGCUGACGGAUGAGAGGCUGAGUCUGAAGUUUGGACGCGCAGAGCAGCUCGGAGCAGAAGAUGCAGACCUCCAAGAGUUUUCAGUUGGAUGAUUUUAUCGCAGGAUGGAUCGGCGGAGCGUCCAGUGUGGUCGUCGGCCACCCGCUGGACACAGUGAAGACGCGGCUUCAGGCGGGAAAAGGCUACAAGAACACGCUGCACUGUGUCCUCACCAUCUACAGGAAGGAGACGGUCUCUGGGUUCUUUAAGGGCAUGUCUUUCCCUCUGGCCAGCGUCACCGUCUACAACUCGGUGGUGUUUGGCUUCUUCAGCAACACACAGAGACUCAUAAGCAAGUAUCGCUAUGGCGACGGGCGGCAUCCCUGCGGCAUGCUGGACCUGACCGUGGCCAGCAUGCUGACGGGGCUGAUGUCGGUGGGCCUGGGAGCCCCGGUGGAUCUGGUCAAGAUCAGACUGCAAAUGCAGACGCAGACGGUUCUGGCAGAGAACUUACACCUUGCUGGAAACGUAUCGAGCGGCACCAACAUCCCUCUGCGCUCCGUCAACAUCCCGAGCCAGAGACUGUACCGAGGACCCAUCCACUGUAUCAGCAGCAUCCUGCAGACCGAGGGGGUCCAGGGUCUGUAUCGAGGAGCCGGGGCCAUGAUCCUGAGGGACGUCCCCGGAUACACGCUCUACUUUAUCCCGUACACCAUCUUCUGUGACCUGCUGAAGUCGGACACCAAGUCCAGCCCUCACCCCUGUUCUAUCUGGCUGGCUGGAGGACUGGCAGGGUCCAUUUCCUGGGUGACUGCGACACCGGCCGACGUGGUGAAGAGUCGAAUGCAGGCUGACGCUCAGCUGCAGAGAAAGUACAAGGGAAUCUUACACUGCAUCAUCCACAGCUACAAGACUGAGGGGAUCCAGGUUUUCUUCCGCGGAGCGUCGGUCAACGCCAUCCGAGGCUUCCCGAUGAGCGCCACCAUGUUCCUGACCUACGAACUCUCGCUGCAGUUCUUCAGGAGCCUCUAGGACACAGGAAACAUGUCAGCGGUGAAGGAAUCAUACUCAGUUCUUGGUAAACGAGCACACACACACACACACAGAAACUGGUUGGCAUCAGUGAUGGUUUUAACCAGUCCUGUUUGUUGUGGGAGCUCACACUGUUAAAUAAUAAGAAUCAGGACUCCUUCACUUUUCAAUGGCCCGAAACUGAAAAACUACAAAAGUUACUUAACUUCAAACUCUCUAAAAUGCUAAAACAUUAGCAUCAUGAGGCUAACAGGCGAUACAUGGAUGAUUUUAGAUUCUCAUUCUCAUUAUUUAACAGAGAAGUUGAAUUUUUCUUCAAAUUUACCAAAGAACUCUGUGUGUUCCUGUUUAAGGUAGUUCAGAGGUUAUGUGGUCAGUGUAGGAUCAUUAAUCCUUCUCCACCAAGGCAGCUUCAGGGCCAGUUCAGAGAACAUGUCACAGAAAUGUCGCCGUUUAUCACUACAAGACUCCACUGACAAAAACAGGAAUUUUACAGAGCAGAACACAGGAGCUGCUACAAUACUACUGCCUCCAUCUGGUAGUUUGUUUGUGUCAUUAUGUGGUACUUUUACUUCAGUAAAGUAUCUGGUUACUUCUUCCACCUCUGAAUAACACAAACACACUGACAGAUGGAGGCAGUGGUAUUCCAGCAGCUCCCAGUAAAAUUCCUGUUUUUGUCAAUGGAGCCUGGUAGAGAUAUAUAGAGAUGUUUCUGUUCUCUUUAAUAAAAUCAUCCAUAAUGUCAGACACUGAGAAUAACAAUCUGAGUCUGUCAGUGGAGAAGGUUUAAUCUGUCCUGCAUCAUCACUUUACCUGAAGACGAGGAAACUCCGCCUUCACACCUGAAGCUUCUUCCUGGUGAAGACUCUCUUCUGUCUCCACCUGUGGAAAAAAGGGUUCAGAUGAAUAAUCUGUUACUGCACAGUAUCAGACAGUUAACGCUGAUUUGUCAGGCAAAAGACAAAGACUGAAAAAUGACGUUUAGAAUAUUUUGUAUGAAAAGUUUAAACAUCAUUUCAGCCAAGUUUUAACCUCAACAUCUUCUGACCUGCAAAUCACCAACUCAUCAUGCUCAGUAAAGAAGGGAGCCGUGCACUUUGACCUCAGUAAGAUGAAGAAAUACCACUUCAUGCUGAAAAUAAGAGUUUAAUGCUUUUACAAAGGAUGAGACAUUUUCAGAACAGCUGAGUCUAAAUUACAUUUUUUUGUUUGUUUGUUGAUCAGUUUUCAGUUUUGACUUGUUUCAGUUCAAUCUAAAACUUAAAUGAUUUCAUGCACUUACUUAACAUAUUUAAUUAAAGCUAGAAUCAGAUUCUAUGACUAUAAUGAAUAUGAGACAUAUAAUGUUGAAAAUGACACAUCCUUCUGUUCGUUACAUGGACUGUAUGAACGUCCCAUGUUACCGUCCACCUGUACAUAUUAUAUUUGUGUGUUUCUUAUAUUAAGAAAAAAGAGUUUUACAAGUUAAUUUUAACUUCAUGUUAACAUGAGUUUUUCCCCAUAAUAUUAUUAAAAUGCACAAAUUCUGAUACAUGAACACAAGCCAUUAUAGUACAGUUACAUUACUGCAGCAUAAAUACUCACUAACAAACAGUUAUACAGUAUUUACAGCUAAUGACUCAGAAGAAGGUUCACUCUACAAUCAGAUAUCCAGCUGAGAUGUCUACUUUUAAAAGAAUUAUUAUUUUUAUGGAUUUAAAAACAUGUUUUAUUGUGAAAUCUAAUCAGUCUUCUCACACAAUGGAUAUUUCUUAUUUUGGAGUGAACAACCUUCGUAGAAAUGGAUUUUCCUGCCUUGUAGUGACACUUUAAACAGUUUUCCUGUCAUGUAAAUACAUGUAAAUAUGUAAACUGCCAUUCCAGAUGGUGGAGAGCAUCAAGUGUGUUAUUGUACAGAAAUAAAGCUCUUAAACACA